AUGGUCCAGGAUGUCUUCUCACUGCACAACAUCGUCGGCAGCGACGAGUCGCACUUUCCGUUUUCCCUCAAGGACUACCAACGCUAUGUAUUUGGCGACGACCGACUAGCGCAUCGCUUGGGCACGGACCUAUGUCGAGCUUUCAUUCCCACCAUUUCCAACCCUACAGACGACUUCGCAGUUGCCGUUUUAUCCGAAAAGGUCCCCACGGCCACUCAUAGGCUGCGCAAUCACUUCGUCGCUUACCUCAAUCGGCAUCUGAUCGCGAAUAAUGCGACUCCGGCCCUCAAAAUCGACUUCCACAUGGCGGGGGUGAAUGCAAAGACUCGGGACGAUCCGCAGUGCAACGGGAAAAGCGCUUAUCACAUCGAUGCCGAACGCCUGGGGAACAGGACUCUGAUCGUACUGACCGAAAUCCGAACGAGCCAAGACCGCGAGGACCAGAUACGAUCUUCAUUUGGGGAACGUGGUAUAACCACCAUUUUCGCCUAUCUGGCAUCCCUGGAUGGCUCCGCAACGACUGCAACCAUCUCAUCCUUCUUAUCUUCGGUCGUCAGCCCGUCUAUGAGAGACAUUGAGAGCAUCGCGCAGUCUACUUAUUUUGUCAUGAACGAAUGCUUUGUCCAGUCUGCACUAGGAAGAGAGUAUGAGGACUUUUGCAAAUUCAUACGACGACAAGACGACCACUUCGUAAGAGAGCUAUUGGAUCACGCUAUUACUGGUCACUACUACAAUGACGACGACCACGAACACAACGUACAGUUUCUGAUUUGGGAGCUCGAGGCGCGGGAAAGCGUUUAA